AUAUAUCGCCUUCCCCCUCUCUCUCUCUCCUCUCUCUCUCUCUCUCUCUCUCUCUCUCUCUCUUACCUUUCUUUCACACAAAACACAUAUUCAAAGAAAGAAAAAAAUAGAUCCAAGGUGGUGGUUAAGCUGUCAUCCGUCAAUCAAUCAAUCAAACCAUCAAGAGACCAAUCAUCAAUCAAAAAGAUUUUUUUUUUUAUAUAUAAGAAAAAGAGGAAUCACAUCCAAAAGAUCAUGUCAUCCUCUUCAACCUUGUCCCUCGACCAGCUCCCUCCUUCCGAGCAGCUCUGUUAUGUCCAUUGCAACAUUUGCGACACUGUCCUUGCGGUGAGUGUUCCUUGCACAAGUUUGUUCAAGACUGUGACGGUGCGAUGUGGGCACUGCACCAAUCUGCUGCCAGUGAACAUGCGUGGGCAGCUUCUGCCUUCUUCAAAUCAGUUUCAUCAUCUUGGUCACUCUUUUUUUUCUUCCCCUAACAAUUCCCUUAAUCUUCUGGAAGAGAUUCCAAAUGUUCCGACCCCAAAUUUUCUGGUUAACCAAACAAAUGUGAAUGACUUUGCUGCAACACCAAGAGGUGGAGCUGAUGAACAUUUUCCAACGCCCGCAGUCAUUAACAGACCCCCGGAGAAGAGACAGAGAGUCCCCUCUGCAUACAACCGUUUCAUCAAGGACGAGAUCCAACGCAUCAAGUCUGUGAAUCCUGAUAUAUCACAUAGAGAAGCCUUCAGUGCAGCUGCCAAGAAUUGGGCUCACUUUCCACACAUUCACUUUGGUCUUAUGCCUGACCAGACUGUGAAGAAGACAACCAUUCGCCAGCAGGAAGGAGAGGAUGUUCUGAUGAAAGAUGGGUUUUUCUCUUCAGCUAAUAAUGUGCGUGUCUCCCCUUACUAAAUUGGAGUUUCAAGCUGCAGCUUGAUGUCUUUGUGAUGGUGGGAGAAAUGUUUAAGGUCCAAAUGCUUAAUUGUGAUAAUGCCUACGGACUCUAGCUAGAGGUCUUUUUAAUGUUGAUGACCGGGUUAGAUGUAGUUUUAAGAUUUAAUAUCUAAACUUUGCUUAAGCAGAACCCUUGAAUUUUGAAGACCCUAUCCUUUAUUAUGUUAUGAUAAUAUUGGACACCAGUGUCGGUAGCUAGGUGCUGAUGAUCAAACCACUACUUUUUCCUGCACCUUGUUUAUUUUAAAAUCGAUUUUUAUGUUGUUUGUUUUCCUAACAUCCCCUUUAUUUAGGAAAUGUUAUUAGCAUUUUAAAAAAGAUAUAAAUUUGUACUUAUUUUAUA